CUAUUAUUAUGAUUAUGAAUCCAAAGAAAGAAAUAAUGAAUUAGUGUACGUCCCCUUUAAACCCAGCGGAUGACGUCACCGCCUCCGGUUACUCGCUUUGUUUCUCUGGAUCUGUUUUCAGAGACUGAGCGACGAGCAGAGAGAGCAUCACAGCGAGAGAAACACGUCCUCUUGCUGCUUUAUUCUGCUCUCAUCUUAUAUACAUAUAUCUAAUAACUGUGUGAACACAACGAGAGAGAUGCCGUCCGACAGACCCUUCAAGCAGAGGAGGACAUUCGCUGACCGGUGCAAAGAGGUCCAGCAGAUCCGGGAUCAGCACCCCAACAAGAUCCCUGUGAUCAUCGAGAGGUAUAAGGGGGAGAAGCAGCUUCCUGUUCUGGAUAAAACCAAGUUCCUGGUUCCUGACCACGUCAACAUGAGCGAGCUGGUGAAGAUCAUCAGGCGGCGUCUGCAGCUGAACCCGACCCAGGCCUUCUUCCUGCUGGUGAACCAGCACAGCAUGGUGUCCGUCUGCACGCCCAUCUCUGAGAUCUACGAGCAGGAGAGGGACGAGGACGGCUUCCUCUACAUGGUGUACGCCUCACAGGAGACCUUCGGGUGCUAGGGGGGGAGGAGGAGGAGGAGGAGGAGAGGGAGAGAGGGGAAAGAGUGGAGAGAGAGAGAGGGGGGACAUCUUCAGGUGCUGGGGGGGCCUGAGGAGGCAUAUCAAUGGUGUCGGAACCAACGAGAAACCACCAAAUCUGUUGAUCCUCUCCUCAGAGGUGUCCACCAAGAGCAGCAAAAUGAGGAGAUUCUUCUGAAGGGAAAUGUAGUUCAGGAGAGGCAGAUAUUGUCUAGUGACAAAUUCUAGUAAUAAUUCAUUUGGCAAAAAGAUUAAUGAGAAUAAAAUAAAAUGCAAGCAACGAAAAGAUAAGGGACAUCAAAUCUGUCUCCUCCCCUUUCCAUUGGUCAUGUGACAUGUUCCCUCUCUCUUUAGUGGACCCCCCCUCUUCCUAUUGGUCAGUACAACACUAGCUGAGGACAUCCUGUGUUUGUUUUUAUUCUCUCGGUCCCACACAGACUCCUAUUUUGAAAAAGCGGGACAAAACCGGACACAUUUGGGCAUUUUUUAAAUUGAUGAGUGUUUUAGACACGCUAAGCCAGACAGGAAGUGGUUUAAAGAUUCUUCUUUAUCCCCAUGUGUCGCCCUUUAUUCCCGUCAUUGAAACUAGCAGAUCGAUGGGGGAGCGAUUGUAGUUUUACUUUUUUUUAACUCACUUUUUAGUGUUUUAAUCGUUGCCUUUUGUUCGAGACAUUAGCCGUAGUUUUGUUGUGUCGUUUGUUUCUUUUUAAUCGUACAUUUGACCGUCGGCCUGAAGCUGAAAAUCAGGCUAACGACGACUGUAAUCCUGGGACAUUUAAUUACUUUAAUAAUUAAUCUUACAUGUGCAAUAUUUAUCCCGUCAAGCCCUCGCAGGGUAACACUACCACUUCCUGUAAACGUCACAGAAGGGAAGUUGGCAUUAGCAUUAGCAUCACUAAAAGAGACGCUGCUACAUCCUGUCUCUGAGUAACAGACUGAAGCACAACACACCUCGCCUGUUAGCAUCACGACUCGCUUGUUAGCAUCACGACUAGCUUGUUAGCAUCACGACUCACCUGUUAGCAUCACCUGACUCGCUUGUUAGCAUCAUGACUCACCUGUUAGCAUCACCUGACUCGCUUGUUAGCAUCAUGACUCACCUGUUAGCAUCACGACUCGCUUGUUAGCAUCACACGACUAGCUUGUUAGCAUCACGACUCACCUGUUAGCAUCACCUGACUCGCUUGUUAGCAUCAUGACUCACCUGUUAGCAUCACGACUCGCUUGUUAGCAUCACGACUCCCCUGUUAGCAUCACCUGACUCGCCUGUUAGCAUCACACGACUAGCCUGUUAGCAUCACGACUCGCCUGUUAGCAUCACACGACUCGCCUGUUAGCAUCACACGACUCGCCUGUUAGCAUCACACGACUCGCCUGUUAGCAUCACGACUCGCCUGUUAGCAUCAGACGACUCGCCUGUUAGCAUCACACGACUCGCCUGUUAGCAUCACGACUCGCCUGUUAUUAGCAUCACACGACUCGCCUGUUAUUAGCAUCACACGACUCGCCUGUUAGCAUCACACGACUCGCCUGUUAGCAUCACACGACUCGACUGUUAGCAUCACACGACUCGCCUGUUAGCAUCACGACUAGCCUAACUAAACGUCAUCACGCCCAACAUUAGCCGCCGUUAGCUUAGCGUGAAGUCAUGUGACCGUACUGUAGUUCCUGUAUAGCUUUUCCUAAAUGUUUUGUUUACCACAGACACAAAGCCAAUGGAGAAAUCCCAUUGGCUUUUAGCAGAGGGAACCAGGGAGAUGCUGCCUUCAGGGUCGGAUUAAAAAAAAUACGUCAUCCCUGCACCAGUCUGUUAGCGUUAGCAUCACAGGACAAUAAAGGGUCAAAGAGCACUACUACAGCACAGGAAGUGAGUCAAUAAUGAUCAUUAAAGGCUUGGGCAGCGAAACUUAAAUAAUAUAAUUAUCACAUUUUGUAUAUUGAGCUCCUCACAGCUUGGUAGCAUAGACUUGAGCAUUAGACAUAACAAAAUGUAUUUAACGUUGGACAUGAACAAGCUUCUUUUGCACAUAAAUUAAAACCAAUAUAAGAGAGUUGGCAUAUAUAUAUAACGAUUAUUAUUAUCAUCAUCAACCCUCCUCUCCUCUCUGUCCGUGUGUCCGCCUGCCUUUCUUUGAAAAUACUUUACAAAAGGUUGUGAUGCUCUACACACCCUGCAUGUUUUAACCUUUGUUUUUAUAAAUGUAUGUAUAUCUUAAUUGCAUUGUUUAAUGUAGACAUUUGUAGAUGUUUCCCGAACCAAAAACUGACGUUUUGAAGGAAAACAAAAGAACUGUGUGCGUAUAAAACGAUCAUAUAAUCGAGCUGUGUUACAAAGUGUGUUUUUCUUUAGGCUUUCUGACAUGUCACUGUUCGGAGGGGUGUAUAUAGACGCAUUGCUGCAACCUUAUUCAAAGCAUUUGCCAAUAAAGAAAUAAAAAGUUGCCUUUAAAA